AUGGAUAGGCAGGAGCGCUUCCACUCGGACCAGAGGGUCUGCCGGGGGGCGCCGCAGGCUCUCCAGACCCCGGCUCUCGAAGCUGGAGCGCAGCCGGGUUCCCGCAACGCGCCCCAAGAGGAGCGACUCUCCCCGGCUCGGCCCGGGGUCCCGGACUCCGACGGCCCCGCCCCGGCGGUAGCGCGUGCCCUGGAGCCAUCGCGGGGAACCCGGGAGCGGUGGCUUCGUCCCAGCCUGCGGGCGCGCUGUCUGGCGCGUCCGAGCGGCCUCGGGAAGCCGGCUAGCGUGCCAGGUCGUCCGGCUUGCACCCCGACCCUGCCGGCCGGGCGUCUUCUAAGGCAUAUGGUCUCCGGGGAGAACCGCAGGGAGGAGCGAGCACCGAGAUGGUCUAGACAGCACCUGGAGAAGCUUAAUGGGGCGGAGGGUCCUCCGGGCUCUGCAGCCCGGGGCCCCCUACUUGGCGCGCGGCGGGAGCUCGUCUUUUCCAGCCGGGCGCGGACUCGCUUUGUGUACAGCUGCGUGCAGCGUCAGCUCAUUCUGGGCAGCCCACAGGAACGCUGCAUACCCAGGGCGAGCGAGAGCAGCAAGAUGCCACUGCACGUGCGCUUGGGGGCGCUGUCCUUAGUCCUGAUCCUGCUCUGGGGCCCCACGCCUGCAGCCCAGACCUGUCCACAUCCUUGCGCCUGCUACGUGGCUAGCGAGGUGCAUUGUACGUUUCGAUCCCUGGCUUCCGUGCCUGCAGGCAUUAAUAAAGACGUGGAAAGAAUCAAUCUGGGGUUUAACAGCAUUCAGGCCAUAUCGGACACCUCUUUCUCAGGGAUGGCUAAGUUGGAACUUCUCAUGAUUCACGGGAAUGACAUCCCCAGCAUUCCUGAUGGGGCAUUGAGAGACCUGACCUCUCUCCAGGUUUUCAAGUUCAGCUACAACAAGCUGCGUGUGAUCACGAAGCAGACAUUCCAGGGGCUCUCAAAUCUGGUGCGGCUGCACGUGGACCACAACCGGAUAGAGUUCAUCCACCCUCAGGCUCUGAACGGCCUCAUGUCCCUGAGACUCGUCCAUCUCGAGGGGAAUUUGCUGCAUCACCUGCAUCCACACACCUUCUCCACCUUCUCCUUUCUGGACCACUUCCGCCUGUCUACCGUGAGGCACCUGUACCUAGCUGAGAACGCCGUCAGCUCUCUGCCCACCGGGAUGCUGCAGAACAUGCCACUCCUGGAGAAUCUCUAUCUGCACGGGAACCCAUGGGCCUGCGGCUGCGACAUGAAGUGGCUGCUGGGAUGGGAAGCCAGGUCCAGAGGGAUCCUAAAGUGUAAAAAGGACAAGUCCUACGAAGGUGGCCAGCUGUGUGCCAUGUGCUCCAGUCCCCAGAAGCUGCAGAAACAGGAGAUUCACAAGCUCAAGGACAUUGUUUGUGCGAAGCCACUCAUUGACUCUCCCCUGAGGCAGAACCGGAGUGGGAGCAGCAAUGAGGAACAGGAACCAGACGAGGAUGGCAGCGAGGGUCCGCUCUCGCUGGAGAACAUGCAUCUCCCCACAUGGAACAUCUCUCUGAACAUGACGGAUGAGCACGGAAACACAGUAAACUUGGCCUGCAGCAUCAAGAAACCCACAGACGUGUACCAGAUCCUCUUGAACCAGACAGAUCCCUUUGAGAUCGAGGUCAAUGCCACCGUUGCUUUGGAUUUUGAGUGCCCCAUGACCAGGGAGAACUAUGAGAAGCUGUGGAAACUGAUUGCGUAUUACAGCGAGGUCCCGCUGAAGCUUCAGCAGGAACGCAAGUUCAGUGAAGACGGCAGAGAUGGCUUCGAGUACAGGCAGGAUGCUGAUGAAGAUGCCCUAUACUAUACAGGUGUCAAAGCCUGCAUCCUCGCGGAGCCAGCAUGGGUCCUGCAGCCGUCGGUGGACAUCCAACUGAACCGGCGCCAGAGCACCGCCAAGCAGGUGCUGCUCUCGUACUAUGCUCGGUUUAUGCAAACGGUGUCCAGCAAGGCAGUGAGGUGGGCGCAGAGCAGGAGCUGGCUGAUGAUGGAGCCGGGUAAAGCCCUGCAGAGAGCUCACACGGUCCUGGAGGGAGGGUCCUUUCAGUUGAGUUGCCCUGUGCGGGCUUCCGAGAGCCCCUCCAUCUCCUGGGUGUUGCCGGACGGCUCUGUCGUCAGAGCCCCUACAGAAGACUUGGAGAGCAAGUUCUCCAUCCUCAGUGGUGGCCAUCUGAAGGUCAGGUCAGCGGAGUACUCCGACUCGGGUUUGUACCAGUGCAUUGCUCAGGUGAGAGAUGAAGAGGAUCGGGUGAUGUACAGGGUCUCUGUACAGGUACCGGUCACUCGGCCCUCGGAUGAACACACACUGACCAUCACUAAGAGCCCUGGAGAGCCAGUGACGUUGCCUUGCAAUGCAGAAGCCAUUCCAGAAGCCCAGCUGAGCUGGGUUCUCCCAAGCAAAAGGAUCACGAAUCAUCUGGCUAACACAUCUCACGCAUACGUACUGGACAACGGAACACUCUCCAUCCCAAAGGUCCAAGCCAGCGAUGGGGGUUACUACAGAUGCGUGGCUGUCAACUUACAAGGGACAGAUCACUUCACUGUGGAGGUCGUCGUGAAUAAGAAAGGCCCCAGCAGGACCUCCAAGAGAGGAAGACGUCCGGGAGGAAAGAGUCUGCCCAGAAUAAGAGAUGUCAUCGAAGACGAAGGGGGCUCAGGCGUCGGGGGCGAAGACAAGAUUCCAAGGCAGGUUCUACACCCGAUGGACCAAGAGGUGUUUAUCAAAACCCAAGAUGGUGAUGCCAGCGUUGGAAACCAAAAGACCAAGAAAGGCCGACGAAAACUGAAACUCUGGAAGAAGCAAGAGAAGGAACCAGAGACGAAUGUUGCAGAAGGCCGGCGAGCUUUUGAGUCCAGGCGGAGGGUCAAUAUGUCAAACAAGCAGAUUAAUCCCGAGCGCUGGGCAGAUAUCUUAGCCAGAGUCCGGGGGAGGAAUGUCCUCAAAGGUACAACUGUUCCCCAGGUUGUACAGAGCACAGCCACCCCGUCGGUGCAUGGAGAGGUAGCCCCUCUUGCUCCUGCUGUUCCUCCACCCUCAGUAUCUCUGGAGCAGACCACCAGCACCGUAGAGGAUUCCUCAGCAGAUAUGACCACAUUCAGUGAGAGAGAACACGUUUCCAAUAGCAUUUCCCCAACCAAGAUGGCGCUAGAACCAAACCACCAUGGAGCCAUUUCUGCUGAACCCAAAGAAGCAAGCGUACAACUGGGAGACGUUCUCCAUCAGGAGGUAUCUGAGAAGAUAAAGGAUAUGUUUAGUACACAAGCUGGUUCUUCAGCCCCUACCCAAAUGUCUUUGCCUUAUGAAUCAUCUUCCCUGCUGCAGACCCUGGAGGUAUUCUAUGAGGAGCCCACUUAUGAAGAGGUGUCCACAGAGGGUUGGUUCACAGCACCGAGCAUGGCAUCUGUGCCCCUGCCCACAUCCAACGUGGAUGAAGUGCCCUUGGAGUCCAUCUCUUUAGCAGAGUCUGAAACCCAAGCAUAUCUUGACCCAGAUUCUGAGACCAACUCUCAAGUAGUUGAGGUUCAGAUGGGAGAUCUGACCUCCACACGCUCCACUCCAACUUCCUCCUGGUGGACUGUGGACCCCAGGGUGUCUGAGUCCUUCUGGGAACCAGAUGUUCCCACACAGACUCGUCCACAAGGGCACACAGACAACACCCAGCCUACGACAGGGGACUCAGGCAAUCAAGGCAACUCAGUCAUAAAGCAAGACGUGGUGGAGAGCUCUCAGACAACAAGGGAAGGGAACAUUUUGGAAGUAGAGCCCACAGACUCUGGAUACCCUAGGAGUGAGGAACUGGGAGAAACACACAGCAUCGUUACAUUUAAGCAACCUGGAGAAACCACACUCAAUGCGCUAUUUGACAGGGACACUCUUACUGUGUCUCCGACGAUGCCAAAACCAAUGACCACAGCAGCAACCACACUGACCACUCCCCCUCUCCGAAGGAAGUCCAAUGGGAGGAGAAGGUUACGGCUCCAGAGAUUCCGACACCGGCAUAAGCAAACACUGCCGCUGCCAACGUCUGCCCCACCAGAGACUUUUUCUACGACACCCGCUGGAGAGUCCACAAUGAAGGGUCUGCGCAAAGUGGAGGAUCCACUUGUCUUGACACCCACGGUUGAGGGUACGGUUGGCAUCCCCAAACAGUUGGGAAUGGGGCCACCAGUAGAGCGAGUGACCAAGGGAACGUCCCGAAGAAAACAGGCAAAGAAACAAAACAAACAUCGGCACGUGUCAUUUACUGUGAGCUGGAAAGACUCGGAAGCCAAGACCAGCUCUUCCCCAGACAACAAACAUAUAGACAUAAUUACUCCCAGUCCUGAAACACUACCUUUAUCUGCAAUGGUUCCUCUGAAACCUGGGGAGGACACACAUGAGACAAGCAGAGCAGAAGAUGACAUGACAGGGACCCCCAAACUACAUCUGCCUCUCAGUAAAGAAGUCCAAGGAACAAUUGCAGUCACAUUUAACCCCACAUCUGGCGGGGAGGAAAGGAAGAUGGAUUUUAGCGUCACAAACAUCAAUGGUGUAAACGUUGGCACUCCAGUGUUCACUGAGUUAGCAACUGACAGCGUGUCUACUUUGAGCUCUGUGGUCUCCACUGUAGAAGGAUUGAUGCGACAAUCGUACCCGCUAAGGUUUCCGGGAACUCCAAGCUGGACUUCUUCCGGGACAACCCAGCCUUGGAGUGUGGACACAAGCAGAUCUGUUAGUGGGGGUGGAGAAAUCCAUACAGACCCACCCCUUUGGGAAGAGUUAGAAAAGCCACAUCUUCCUAAUGGAUUUUCACCAUCGGUGUCGGUGUCUACACAGUCUCAACGGGGUGAUGUUGCUGCUUCCACUACACCAUCAAGCACAAGACAAAAGUCAUUCUCAAGCCAAGUAAUGACAACCACUCAUGGUCAGCACCAGGAAAAACGCACCCCAAUGACGAUCCAUGAGGAAAUGAGACCACAGGAUCACACCCCUACACCAAACCCAACAGAGGAACCAGAUUCCCCAUCCCCACCCACUACAAUGGGGUCUUUGGUACAAACCCCCACUACAUCUGCACCUCUUCUUCUAAGUUCAUCUCACAUACCAACCGAGUCCAGAGACAAUAUUUUGUUGAAUUAUGUGGGUGUCUCUGAAACAAAAGCAGCCCCGUUGAGCAAUGAAGGAAGCUGGUAUAUAUUGAAAGCGAAUGAAGCGUCCACUCCUUCUUCCAAAGAGGAUGUUGUGAACGUAUCUCCAAAGCAUGAGCUGGUCAAAGAGGUUUUUGAUGGUGAGAUCCCAAACACUGUACCCCGAGGUCCAGAGAGCCACCACCAUGAUGGAAGAGGACAGACAUCUCACCAACGAGUUAUCCUUCCUACUAAACCCAUACCACCGCGAGAAACCACAAGGACACCACGAGUAGAAACCACGAGGACACCACGAGUGGUCACUCAGAGGCCCUUUAAGUACUUAGUAACAACACAACCAUCUCGUCACAUGACCAACCAACCAGAAAUAGCAGUGCACCCGUGGAAGGUUGUUCCAGAGAGUAAGUCGUUUGUGACUCCAAAGUUACCAACAACGACAGCUCCUAUCCUACUACAGAGACCCAGACCCGGCAUUCUCGGGGAGUUUGGCGAUCACAGAACCAACCAAUUCAAUGCGAUCCCCAAAGUAUUUGGAAACAACAACAUCCCCGAUCAAAGAAGCCCUAUGGGAAAGCCACCGAGUCCAAGAUAUCCCCCUCAUUCUAAUAGCAGGUUCCCAUUCUUCUUCAACAAGACCUUUGUGUUCCCACAGUUGGGAACCACUGCAGCCCCGGUGACAAGAGACAGAAAAGUCAUCCCAGGUUCCUUUAACAGAAUCUUCUCCCAAAGCGUCAUGCAUGUGGAUUUUGGUCCUCCCGCACCUCCGCUAUCCCACCCUCCCAGGGCCACCCUGAUACCCUCAACUAACAUCCACCCCAUUUCCCGGCUGCAUUCUACCCAGAGCUCCAUCCCUUUCACCACGUCCCCUAGCCAUCCUUUCAGAAACUUCCAUCAAAGCAGCUCGAGAAUCUUCUCUGUUGGAGGACCACCAGCAUCCAAAUUCUGGACGCUUGGGGAGAAGCCCCAAAUUAGCACCAAAUCACCGCCCACCGUGUUUGUCACUGCAGAGAGCGACGCUGUGUUUCCAUGCGAGGCAACAGGGAAACCCAUGCCUUACAUUACCUGGACGAAGGUUUCCACAGGGGCCCUGAUGACGCCCAAUACUCGCACAGAAAGAUUCCAGGUUCUGAAAAACGGCACACUGGUUAUUCGCAAAGUGCAAGUACAGGACCACGGACAGUACUUGUGCACCGCCACGAAUCUUCACGGGGCGGACACUAUGCGGGUGGUGGUGGCGGUAAAGACACAUCAACCUCAGUUCCUAGCCUCGCACUACCAGGAUGUCACUGUCUACCUGGGGGACACCAUUGCCAUGGAAUGCCUGGCUAAGGGCACCCCUGCACCCCAAAUUUCCUGGAUCUUCCCCGACCGGCGGGUGUGGCACACCGUGUCCCCCGCGGAGGGCCGAGUCACACUACACGAGAACCGCACGCUAUCCAUCAAGGACGCAUCCUUUGCGGACAUGGGCGUGUACAAGUGCGUGGCCAGCAAUGCCGCAGGCGCAGACAGCCUCGCCAUCCGCCUGCACGUGGCGGCCCUGCCCCCAGCCAUCCAGCAAGAGAAACAGGAGAGCAUCUCGCUGCCCCCCGGGCUCAGCAUUCAUAUCCACUGCACCGCCAAGGCCGCGCCCCUGGCCAGUGUGCGCUGGGUUCUGGACGACGGAACGCAGGUGCGCCCUUCGCAGUUUGUGCGUGGGAACCUCUUCGUCUUCCCCAAUGGCACUCUCUACAUCCGCCACCUCGCACCCAAGGACAGCGGCCGCUACGAAUGUGUGGCUACCAACCUCGUGGGCUCUGCGCGCAGGACGGUGCAGCUCACCGUGCAGCGCGCAGCGGCCAACGCGCGCAUCACCAGCACGUCCCCGCGCAGGAGUGAUGUGCGCUACGGCAGCACCCUCCGCCUGGACUGCAGCGCAUCCGGAGAUCCUAGGCCGCGCACGCAGUGGAGGUUGCCCUCCCAGCGAAUGGUGGAUACGCUCUUCAGCUAUGACCCCAGAAUCAUGGUGUUUGCCAACGGGACCCUGGUGGUGAAAUCUGUCACUGAGAAAGAUGCAGGGGACUACUUGUGCGUCACCAGGAACAAGAUCGGUGAGGACUACGUAGGGUUCAAAGUGAAUGUGGUCAUGAAGCCAGCUAAGAUCGAGUACAAGGAAGACCAGGACCACAUGGUCGUGCAUGGGGACAAUCUGAAAGUGGACUGCGUGGCCACGGGGCUCCCCAACCCUGAGAUUUCUUGGAGUCUCCCCGACGGGAGUGUGGUCAACCCCUUCAUGCAAUCAGAUGACAGCGGGGGACGGACGAAACGUUAUGUCGUCUUCAACAAUGGCACGCUCUACUUCAACGAAGUGGGGAAGAAGGAAGAGGGAGAUUAUACCUGCUUUGCGGAGAACCAGAUGGGUAAGGACGCAAUGACGGUCCAUGUGAAAGUGGUGGCCGAGCCUGCGGCCAUCCGAAACAAGACGUACUCCGUGGUCCAGGUCCCCUAUGGGGAUGUGGUCACCGUGACGUGCGAGUCCAAGGGGGAACCCACGCCGAGGGUGAACUGGCUGUCUCCCACCAACAGGGAGAUCCCUGCCUCCUCGGACAAGUACCAAGUCUACCAAGAUGGUACACUCCUCAUCCGCAAGGCGCAGCGAUCCGACAGCGGCAACUACACCUGCGUGGUCCGGAACAGUGCCGGGGAGGACAGGAAAGUCGUUGGCAUCCAGGUGCAGGUCCAGCCGCCCAGGAUCAACGGGAACUCCAACGCCGUCACCACCGUGCGGGAGAUUGCUGUUGAAGGGAGCCGGAAGCUUGUUGACUGCAGAGCACAGGGCAUCCCUGUUCCCAGGGCAUUGUGGGCUUUUCCUGAGGGCGUGGUCCUGCCUGCUCCCUACUACGGGAACAGGAUCUCAGUCCACCGUAAUGGCACGCUGGACAUCCGCAGCAUACGACGCAGUGACUCGGUGCAGUUUGUGUGUAUUGCCCGCAACGAAGGCGGGGAGGCCCGUCUCGUUGUCCAGCUGACAGUCUUGGACCAUGUUGUGAAGCCCAUCUUCCAUGACCCAGUGAGCGAAAAGAUCACCGCCAUCGCCGGACACACCAUCAGCCUCAACUGCUCAGCCGCGGGGACCCCGGCACCCACGUUGCUGUGGGUUCUCCCCAAUGGAACGGAGGUCCAAAGCGGCAGGCAGCUGCAGCGAUUUUACCACAAGAGCGACGGCAGGUUGCACAUCAGUGGGCUGGCCUCAGCGGACGCCGGUGCCUACCGCUGCAUAGCUAGGAACCCUGCCGGCUACUCGGAGAGGCUGGUGUCCCUCAGGGUGGGCCUCAAGCCCACGGCCAGCAGUCAGCAGCACGGCGUAGUGAGCAUCAUCAACGGAGAAACCUUACAUCUGUCCUGCCCCAUCCCGGCUGGCCGCCCCGCUCGAUUCUCCUGGACUCUCCCCAACGGUAUGCUUCUGAACAUCCCCCAAGAGGUGGGGCGCUUCACACUCCUGGAAAACGGCACGCUCACGGUGCACGAGGCCUCGGUGUUCGAGAGGGGGACUUACACAUGCAAGGUGGACACUGAGGAUGGCUCGUCCUUCACGAGCAUUCCUGUCAUUAUCAUCGCCUACCCACCUCGCAUCACCAGCGAAGCCACGCCGGUCAUCUACACUCGACCUGGGAGCAGCGUCAAGAUGAACUGCUUGGCCAUGGGAGUGCCCAAAGCCCAGAUCACGUGGGAACUGCCGGACAAGUCCCAUCUGGCUGCUGGAGCGCAGGCUCGAAUCUUUGGGAACAAGUACCUCCAGCCCCACGGUUCCUUGACCAUCCAGCAUGUUUCUGCACGAGAUUCUGGCUUCUACAAGUGUGUGGCUGAGAAUGUCUUGGGUAGGGACUCCAAGACCACUUACAUCCACAUCUACUGA